AUGUCUGGUCACACGUCGAGAGCUAUUCAGCCGAGCAGCACGGUGCUGUUGCUGGGCCUUGUUAAUUUUCAUCUUCUUUACUUGGCCCAACAAGCCGACGAUGCUUUCUUUCGGGAGAAUCCAGGAGCUGCGCUCCAGAGCUUUGAAAUUCUCGAAAAUGAGAUCUCAGCCUUCUCACAGUGGACGACACUUGACAAACAUCCUCUGACUUGUCACUCGCACAAUGCCCGUGGCCGCCGCAUCUCAUUAAAGUCCGCGCUUGAUUCAGGCUGCCUGAGCAUUGAAAUGAACCUUUUUCCUGCUGGAAAUGAACUCUUGAUUGGGCCCAAUCCUGAGAUGCUGUCACGAGCCAUCACCCUUCGUGGUCUCUACAUUGAUCCUCUGUUGAAGAUAAUCCGAGAACACAACGCCGAGGUGAAAUCUGCGCGAUUUGCCCCCAAAGGACUCGAAGAUGAGCUUGUUGGAGUUUUCGAUAAAGACCCUUCACAGUCCCUUGUGCUCCUGCUGAACUUCGAAGCUGACCCGGAGCGUGCGUGGUCUUUACUUCUCCCGCACCUUGAACCUCUUCGAGAAGCUGGCUUUCUCACAUAUUUUAAUGGGUCAGCGGUAGUGCAAGGCCCUCUCACGAUCGUUGCUACCGGCAAGGUGCCAUUCCCGCGCAUCUUAGAGCGAAGCACCUUCAGGGACGUUUUCUACGAUGCUCCCCUGUUGGAGCUUUCUUCUUUUUCCGCGGAAAACCCGCCUCAAAACUUCGAUUACAGCAAUCAAAACAGUUACUAUGCGUCUGCUAGCUUCCACGCAGCUCUGGGGCAAAUUGAUCACAAUGGGCUUUCGAAAGAUCAGCUCUCCAACCUUUGUCAGCAGGUGAAGGCCGCCCAUGCACUUGGCCUUAAAAUUAGAUAUUCGAUAACCCCAAACUGGCCUCGGGAGUUGCGAGAUUAUGUAUGGCGUAUACUUCUUCGUGAAGGUGUAGAUACGAUCACAUACAAUACAUGA